AGUGACCGCGGCGUGAGCGCGGCCAUCGGAGCCCCGCCUGCGGCCGAAUAAAACGCUGCAGGGGCGGGCGGCCGGUCCAGUUCAGUGGGACUUGGUCAUCGGCGGCAUGUUCUACCUCACUGGGACACUCGCGGCUUUGUUUCUGCUUUCAACGGAGUGGGUCCGUGCCCAGCGCUGCUCUUCCCCGUGUAAAUGCCCGGAGGAUCCGCCGGAAUGCCCCCCCGGGGUGCGGCUGCUACCGGACAAGUGCGGAUGCUGUCGCGUCUGUGCCAAGCAGGCGGGGGAGGUCUGCUCAGACAGCGACGCCUGCGACCCGCAACUCGGGCUAGAGUGCGAGCACGGCGCCGACAGCCCGCACGGCCUGGGCGUCUGCAUCGCACGUCAGGGCAGUAUCUGCAUGUACGGUGGUGUUGUCUAUCAGAAUGGAGAGACCUUCCAGCCAAGCUGCAAGUAUCGGUGCUCCUGCAAAGAUGGUCUGAUUGGUUGUGUACCCCGCUGUAAUUUGGAUAUCCUCCUGCCUAGCCCCGAUUGUCCAUUUCCCAAACAAGUCCAGGUACCAGGAGAGUGCUGUGAACAAUGGGUGUGUGACCACAAGCAGGAAGCCUCUCUUAGAGAAAUUACAAUGGCAGCUUACAGACAGGAGGUGACCUAUGACUUGGAUUUAAAUAGGCCUGGUCUGAACUGCAUACAGCAGACCACACCAUGGAGCGUCUGCUCCAAAACCUGUGGUAUGGGCACUUCCACCCGUCUGUCGAGUUACAACCUCCACUGUGAUAUGGUGAAGGAAAUACGACUCUGUGAAGUUCGGCCAUGUGAUUAUAAAGUCACCGCCAAAAAUGGGAAGAGGUGCAGCCCAACAUCACGUGCAGUGACACCAACUCACUUGGCAUACGAGGACUGUUUGAGCAUCCAGCCCUACAGACUGAGGUAUUGCGGAGUAUGCAGUGACGGGCGAUGCUGUGCCCCUUACAGCACCAGAACAUCCCAGGUGGACUUCAGAUGUGCGGGGGGAUCGACCAUUAAACACCAACUGAUGAUUAUCAACACGUGUGUCUGCCAUGAUAGUUGUGUCCCAGGGGAAGCCAUUCACCAAAUGGAGCAAAUAUCCAGUCCUUGAGUCUUGGGGUCAGAAAGUGGCACUGCACAGAAACAGGCUCUUCGGCCCAUUUAGUCCCUGCUGAACCAUUAAUCUGCCUAGUGCCACCGACCUGCACCUGGACCGUAGCCCUCCAUAUCCCUCCCAUCCACGUACCUAUCCAAACUUCCCUUCCACUUGCACUGGCAGCUCUUUCCAUACUCUCAUCAGGUUUCCCUUAAAUAUUUCACCUUUCACCCUUAACCCAUCACUUCUGGCUGUAGUCCCACACAUCCCCAGUGGGAAAAAGCCUGCUUACACUAACCCUGUCUGUACCCUUCGUAAUUUUGUAUACCUCUAUCAAAUCUCCCCUCCUUCUUCUACGCUCCAGGGGAUAGAGUCCUAACCGAUUCAGCCUUUCUCUGUAACUCAGGUCCUCGGUCCUGGAACCCUAACCCUUGUUUAUUUUCCCUGCACUUUUUCAAUCUUAUUCAUAUCCUUCCUAAUUGAAUAUUUACUCUGUAGUUUUAAAGUUAGUUCUUGAAGCAUUGUGUUUUUUAUAUAUUUCUAGGUAUUUUUUAAAAAUCAUCAAUUAGAGCAGUUUUGUAAAAAUCUUUGUAUAUUUGUAUUGAAUGUUGUAUUUAAAGAUAAUUCUUUCCUUUUUCCCUGAUUGUAAAUAUUACGUUGGGCCAACAUAAUUGAGAUUAGA